AUGAACCCAAACGCACAUUCUCAAUUCGCUGCUGAGUUCAGAGAAUCAUCCUCGGUGCCUUCCACACCGGGUCCGACGUCCAUCCACGACAUCCGCACCAAAUCUGGACAGCCACUCCAGGGCAAGCGUCUCUUGAUAGCAAACAGAGGCGAAAUUGCUGUGAGAAUCAUAAGAUCUGUACACGAACUAUCGAUGCAAACAGUGUCCAUCUACUCCCACGAAGACAGAUUAUCCUCCCACCGCUACAAGUCAGACGAGGCCUAUCAAGUUGGUGCUGGCAAACCACCCGUAUCCGCGUACCUCGACCAAGAUGACAUCAUCAGAAUCGCCAAAGACCACUGCGUCGACUUGAUACACCCUGGAUACGGUUUCUUGUCUGAAAAUGCAGAUUUCGCAAGAAAGUGCUUUGAAAAUGGCAUCACUUUUGUUGGUCCUACUCCGGAAGCCAUCGAUGGUCUCGGAGAUAAGACCAAGGCACGCACUCUCGCUAUGAACAACAACGUCCCUGUCGUUCCUGGAACUAAAGGCCCAAUCGACUCUUACGACCAAGCAAACGACUUCAUCCAAGAAUAUGGAUUUCCAGUCAUCAUUAAGGCUGCUAUGGGCGGUGGUGGCCGUGGUAUGCGUGUUGUCAGAUCUCAAGGUGAAUUCAAGGAGGCUUUCGGCAGAGCUGUCUCUGAAGCUACAUCGGCGUUCGGCGAUGGUACUGUCUUUGUCGAGAGAUUCCUAGAUCACCCACGUCACAUCGAGGUUCAGCUACUUGCAGACAGCCAUGGUAAUGUUAUUCACUUGUUCGAACGUGACUGCUCUGUUCAGCGUCGUCACCAAAAGGUCGUAGAGAUCGCUCCUGCUCCAAACCUUUCAGAUGAAGUCCGCGACUCCAUCCUCAACGAUGCAAAGACUCUCGCUAGGGCUAUCGGUUAUCGCAACGCUGGUACCGCAGAGUUCUUGGUCGAUCGGAUGGGCAGACACUACUUUAUUGAAAUAAACCCACGUAUUCAAGUCGAACAUACUAUCACAGAGGAAAUCACCGGUAUCGACAUUGUCGCUGCGCAGAUCCAAAUCGCUACUGGUGCUUCACUCACUCAGUUAGGUCUUCUGCAAGAAAACAUCACCAAGCGCGGCUCGGCAAUUCAAUGCAGAAUCACCACCGAAGACCCCUCAGUAGGCUUUGCUCCAGAUACCGGCAGAAUUGAGGUAUACAGAUCCGCCGGUGGUAACGGUAUUAGAUUGGAUGCCUCAAAUGGCUAUGCAGGUGCAGUCAUCACUCCACACUACGACUCUCUCCUAGUCAAGGUUUCAGUAAGAGGCCAAUCGUACGAUCUCGCCCGCCGCAAGAUGCUCCGCGCUCUCGUAGAGUUCCGCAUCCGCGGUGUCAAGACAAACAUUCCCUUCCUGUUCCGUUUGCUCACCCAUGAAAUCUUUGUUGCUGGUAACACCUGGACCACCUUUAUCGACGACAGCCCUGAGCUCUUCAAGCUGGUAACAUCGCAGAACAGAGCGCAAAAGCUGCUGACAUACCUCGGAGAUGUUGUUGUCAAUGGAUCCUCAAUAAAGGGACAAGUAGGCGAACCGGGUCUCAAAUCGGAAAUUGUCGUGCCUCAGCUCCCAUCGCGCGACGGCAGCAACAAGCCUCUUGAUACUUCUGAGCCGUGCGAGAAGGGAUGGCGUAACGUAAUCCUUGACAAGGGUCCAGAGGGCUUCGCCAAGGCCAUAAGAGACUACAAAGGAUGUCUUAUUAUGGACACCACGUGGAGAGACGCCCACCAAUCGCUCCUCGCUACGCGUCUGCGUACUGUCGAUAUGGCGAACAUUGCAAAGGAGACCUCACAUGCAUUAAGCAACGCAUAUUCCUUGGAAUGCUGGGGUGGUGCUACUUUUGAUGUUGCUAUGCGUUUCCUCUACGAAGAUCCUUGGGCUAGACUGCGCACAUUGCGUAAACUCGUCCCUAACGUUCCCUUCCAGGCACUGGUGCGCGGUGCUAACGGUGUCGGCUACACGUCAUACCCCGACAACGUUAUCUACGACUUUAGCAAGAAGGCUGUAGAAAACGGACUCGAUAUUUUCCGCGUAUUCGACUCGCUCAACUAUAUUGAAAACAUGAAACUGGGUAUUGACGCUGCGAAGAAAGCGGGCGGUGUGGUUGAAGCUACUGUGUGUUACACGGGUGAUGUGGCUUCUGAAAAGGAGAAAAAGUACACGCUCGAAUACUACAUUAACUUUGUCCAAGAGUUGGUAGACUGCGGAAUCCACGUCCUCGGUAUCAAGGAUAUGGCAGGCUUGCUCAAACCGCACGCUGCUACAAAGUUGAUCGGCGCACUCCGUCAACGCUUCCCAGAGCUGCCAAUCCACGUCCACUCGCACGACACUGCCGGUAUUUCAGCAGCUUCUAUGCUCGCGUGUGCACAGGCAGGUGCAGAUGUUGUUGAUGUCGCCAUCGACAGCAUGUCCGGGCUUACUUCACAGCCAUCAAUGGGAGCAGUUGUGUCUGCGCUCGAGCAGACUGGUCUCGGUGCUGGUAUCCGCCACGAUGACAUUCAAGCUCUCAACCUGUACUGGACGCAGUGUCGCAUUCUGUACCAAUGCUUCGAAGCUAACGUGCGCUCUUCUGACUCGGGAGUGUUCGACCACGAGAUGCCGGGUGGACAGUACACCAACCUCAUGUUCCAGGCGCAGCAGCUCGGCUUGGGAACACAGUGGACUGAGAUCAAGCAGAAGUACAUCGAGGCAAACGAGCUAUGUGGAAACAUCGUCAAAGUUACUCCAUCGUCCAAGGUCGUUGGAGACCUUGCACAAUUCAUGGUCUCGAGUCAAUUGUCGAAGCAAGACAUCGAAGAGCGCGCUGAUAAGCUCGACUUCCCUAACUCUGUCAUAGAGUUCUUCCAAGGUUACCUCGGUCAGCCUGUCGGUGGAUUCCCAGAGCCGCUCAGAACAAAGAUUAUCCGUGACAAACCACGUAUUGACGGUAGACCGGGUGUGGGAAUGAUGCCGGUCAAUUUGCCUGCUGUAAAGAAGGAGCUUGUAGCUAAAUACGGCAAGCAUAUCACUGACGCUGACGUGUCUUCUUACUGUCUCUAUCCGAAGGUGUUCGAAGAGUACCAAAACUUUAUCGAAAAACACGGUGACCUUUCGGCAGUACCUACGCGCAUUUUCCUUGCUCCUCCACAGAUCGGCGAGGAGGUGAACGUCACUAUCGACCAGGGCAAGACGCUUCUCAUCAAGCUACUUGCUGUUGGUGCGCUCGAUCAACAGAAAGGACAGCGCGACGUCUUUUUCGAACUUAAUGGUGAGGUGCGUGCUGUCAGUAUCGACGAUAAGUCGGCCGCUGUCGAGCACGUCCAGAGAGAAAAAGCAUCGAGAGAACCAGGUAGCGUCGGUGCACCAAUGGGUGGUGUCAUUAUCGAGUUGCGCGUGAGCCAGGGUCAGGAAGUCAAGGAGGGUGACCCUCUCGCUGUUAUUAGCGCUAUGAAGAUGGAGAACUCUAUCUCUUCUCCUGCCUCAGGCAAGAUUAACAGAGUCGUCGUCACUGAAAGUGAUAGCAUCUCCGCCGGUGAUCUUAUCUGCGAGGUUGGCAAAUAG